AUGAGUUAUUUUUUGAGACAUGGUGCCUUGAAGGAAGGUAUUCCAAUUAGAUAGGAUGGUUUUGUGCUGGUUCAAGAUCUACUCAAAUAGCCUGCAAUUGUAAAAUUGAAAGCCAAUUUAUAAAUUAUCAGAAAUAUUGUGGAUAACAAUGACAAAAAACGAUUUGAACUAAAAGAAAUUGAUGGACAAUUGUAUAUUAGAUGUGUCUAAGGACAUACCAUUGAAAUUAAUGAGGAAGAAUUAUUAGAGAAGAUAGUUGACCCACAAUAAUUUCCUGUUAUUGUACAUGGCACAUACUUUUAAGCAUGGGAUUUGAUUAAAGAUACUGGAUUAAAUAAAACGGCAAGGUAACAUAUACAUUUUGCAGUUGGAUUACCUGGAAAUGAAGCAGUAAUCAGUGGAAUGAGAAAUACUUGUGAAGUCAUUAUAGAGGUGGAUAUGGAAAAAGCAAUGAAGGCAGGCAUUUAAUUCUAUGUUUCCAAUAACGGAGUAGUACUAUCAAGUGGAAUUGAUGGUGUUAUUGCACCAGAAUUUUUUAAAAGAGUAACCAAUAGAAAAGGAUAGAUAUCAAUUUCUCUACUUGAAUGUAGAUUUCUUACUUUCAAUCAUGAAAUUUUAGUAUAAUAAUAAUAAAUGUGA